AUGGCUGACCGCAAAGAACUCCCACGCAUUCGUGCGUGUCUCUUCGACAUGGACGGGUUGUUGAUCGACUCGGAGGACAAAUACUCCCAGAUCACAAACGAAGUCCUUGCCAUGUACGGCAAGCCAAUGCUUCCUUGGUCGAUCAAGGCUCAGCUGCAGGGACGUCCACAGCCCGAGGCUAGUAAGAUCUUCCAUGAGUGGGCUCAGCUCCCAAUUACUCCGGAGGAAACCCAAGCCAAGCAAGCAUCUCUGCAGGCAAAAUAUUUCCCGGAGUCCCAGCCGCUGCCUGGAGUUCCCACUCUUCUGUCCAAACUUGUGUCAACCCAAUCCACGGGCCAGCCUGUCCACAUUGCUUUGGCGACUUCAUCGAAUAGCAAGAACUUCAAGUUGAAGUCUGGUCACCUAACAGAGCUCUUCGCGGCCUUCCCUGAGGUUCACCGUGUUCUAGGUGAUGACCCCCGGAUUGGCAAGGGGAGAGGCAAGCCGCUGCCUGAUAUCUACCUCUUGGCAUUGGAGACUAUCAACGAGAGCUUGCGCAGCAAGGGUGAAACUGAGAUUAAACCGGAAGAAUGCCUGGUUUUCGAGGAUGCAGUUCCGGGAGUGGAAGCAGGUCGCCGUGCAGGCAUGCAGGUUGUCUGGUGCCCGCACCCUGGUCUCCUGGAGACCUACCAGGGCCGAGAGGAGGAGGUUCUUGCGGGCCUGACAGGCUCGCAUAAGGAGAGCGAGAAGUCUGCAGUUGAGAAGGAGGCUGAGGGAUUAGUGGCUGGUCGUGGGCAAAGUUCCGGCACGACUGGAAAGCUUGGUGAUGGAUGGGGGCAACUACUUGCUACCCUGGAAGACUUCCCUUACGAGCAGUAUGGUAUUCGGAUACCCUAA